UGAACACAGCGUUGUGAGUGGAAAGAAACGAGCUGCAUGUGGGAGGAUGUCGGCGGCAGAAGACGUGAUGGUGAUGAUGAUGGUGAUGAUGAUGAUGAUUUCCUCCACCUUGGGGGAGGAUCCGUCCACGUAAUGCAAACACUCGCAUUCGCUUUUCCUCCUUCAGCCGCGUCGCAUCAGCAGUAAUGAAGCCGUAGCUUGGAGAUGUCCGCAGCCCGGAGUCCACAUAGAGGAAAGGAGGACAACAAACCGCUGCGAGUCGCCUUUCAUCGGACGUCUUUUUGUGCGUUUUCAGAAAGCGCGGAUUGCAACUAAUUCCUGCUGAAAGAGACAUUGUGAAAACUAGAGGAUGAACAGCAUUAAACAGGUGCCCACUCGGGUGAAAAGCAGGCGGACUGAGGCCAACCUCGGAGCGGAGAGGGAGCAUUUUGACAAGCAGCAGCUCAGCAGCAUCAGCAAAGCCAUCAAUUCCACCGAGACGCCUGUGAAGGAGAAGCAUGCACGGCGAAUCAUCCUGGGGACUCACAGGGAGAAGGGAGCCUACACCUUCUGGUCCUAUGCUCUGGGCUUCCCUCUGGCCAGCAGCUCCAUCCUCAGCUGGAAGUUCUGCCACGUACUGCACAAAGUCCUGCGAGACGGACACCGCAAUGUUCUACAAGACUGUAUGAGACAUCAUGGUUCUCUAGUUGAAGUUGGGAAGCUAUGGACCCACCUCCAUGACCGAUAUGGACAGCUAGUGGCUCUGUACACCAAGCUGCUCUGCACAAAAAUGGAGUUUCAUGCGAAGCAUUCUGAAAUCCCACCGAACCUGGAGGUCACAGACGAAGUCCUGGAGCGCACAGCUGGAACAGACAUAAAUAAUGUGUUCCAGCUCACAGUGGAGGUGUUUGAUUACAUGGACACAGAGCUGCGGCUGGCCGAGACAGUGAUCCGACAGCUCAACACAUCCAUUGCCAUCUCCACUCUCACAUCAGGCCAGUGUCGUCUGGCUCCGCUCAUCCAAGUCAUCCAGGACUGCAGUCACCUGUACCACUUCACCGUAAAGCUGCUGUUCAAGCUGCAUGCCUGUCUCCCUGCUGAUACCCUACAAGGACACCGUGAUCGUUUCCAUGAUCAGUUCCACAGCCUUAAAACCUUCUUCAAUAAAGCCAGAGACAUGCUGUACUUCAAGAGACUGAUCCAGAUCCCCAAGCUGCCUGAUGCUCCACCUAACUUCCUGCAUGCAGCCUCACUGGCCAAACAUGUGAAGCCCGUGGUGGUCAUCCCCGAUGAGGACGAACCGGAGCAACAGGACGACGACGACGAUGAACCAGAGCCGCUCAUCGAGGUCAGCGAUGUCUCCACAUCCAGCUUGCAGACGCAACCACAGCAGCUUGACAUUUUUGAUCAGGCAUUUGGACCCCCAAAUGGAGGCUUUGAUGACAGGGAUCUGCAGAUUGAGAGUCUAAAGCGAGACCUUGAGCUGUUGAGAGCGGAGCUGGAGAGAGUCAAAGCAGAGGCUCAGCGCUACAUCACACAGCUCAAAUCCCAGAUCAACAGUUUGGAGGCAGAGCUGGAAGAACAGCGUGCGCAGAAACAACGUGCCCUUGUGGAAAAUGAGCAGCUGCGCAUGGAGUUGGAGGCGACCCGCCGUCGAAACGCGGAACACGAGAGCCUACAGACCACCUUCAUUGAGGCAGAAAAAAGAUCCCAGGCCACUGAGCAGCGGUACAAUAAGCUGAAAGAGAAGCACACAGAGCUGGUGGCCAGCCAUGCUGAACUGCUGCGGAAGAGUGCAGACACUGUGAAGAUGCUGUCAGCAACCCAGCAGACCCAGGAAGAAGUAGAGAGGACCAAACAGCAGCUGUCCUUCGAGGUGGAUCGGAUAAAACAGGAAGCUGACAUGAAGUUGGAAGAGCAGAAGUUUGAAAUGGACAAGCUGAAGAGAGACCUGGAGGAGAAGCUGGCAGAAGUGAUGCGCAUCAAGGCGACUUUGCAGAGCAGCGAGAAGACUUCGGAGCAAAUGAACAGUUCAAUGACGGCUCUGCAGGCAGAGAAGGAGCGCUUGAUGCGAUCUGUGACUGAGAAGGAGGCGGAGCUGUCGUCUCUGCGGCAGGCUGCGCAGGUGCAGCAGUCGUCGCUUCAGCAGGAGCGAGAGAGGAACAGCAGGGAGCUGGGAGAGCUGCAGAGCAAACUGCAGGAGAAGACAAGUCUGGAAGACAAGAUGAAGCAGAAGCUUCUGGAGGAGCAGUUUGCUUUGCUGCAAGGAACCAUAACAGAAGCUGAGAGCAUCAUCCAAGACGCUGCUGCCAAAGUGGACGAUCCCCUUCAUAUACGCUGCACCAGCUCUCCAGAUUACCUCAUAAGUCGGGCGGAGGCCACACUGGGCUCCAUUGACAAAGUGAAAAAGGGCCAUGCCGAUUAUCUGAGUAACAUGGGGGAUGCUGGAGGGCUGCUGAGGGCUCUGACCCAGUUCUCCCACUUGGCUGCCGACACCAUCAUUAAUGGCAGCGCCACUGCACACAUGGCGCCCACUGACCACGCAGACCGACUGACGGAGAACUGCAGAAGCUGUGCCUCUCAGAUUCUGGACUACUUGAAGGACCUGAAGGCCAAGACCACCCUCCAGAGGGCAGAUCCAGCCUCCGUUCGCAUUAUUGUUCAGAAGAUCCUGCACUUGGGCCAGGAGCUGCGGCCGAAAGGCAUGGACAUUCGUCAGGAUGAGCUGGGAGAUCUGGUCGACAAGGAGAUGGCUGCAACAUCAGCAGCUAUCGAGGAGGCGGUCCGCAGGAUCGAUGAAAUGAUGAACCAGGCAAGAAAAGACACAUCAGGAAUUAAACUGGAGGUCAAUGAAAGAAUCCUCUUUAGCUGCACAGACCUGAUGAAGGCCAUCCGCAUGCUGAUCAUAGCAUCUACAGACUUGCAAAAGGAGAUUGUCGAGAGUGGGAGGGGUGCAGCCACCAUUAAGGAGUUCUAUGCCAGAAACUCUCGCUGGACUGAGGGUCUCAUCUCUGCUGCCAAAGCUGUCGGAUGGGGAGCCACGGAGAUGGUGGAGUCUGCAGAUAAGGUGGUGCUGCACACAGGAAAAUAUGAGGAGCUGAUUGUCUGUUCUCAUGAGAUCGCUGCAAGCACAGCACAGCUGGUCGCUGCCUCAAAGGUUAAGGCCGAUCGCAGCAGUAAGAAGCUGUCGGUUCUCCAGCAGGCUUCUCGCCAUGUGAAUGAAAUGGCAGCUAAUGUGGUGGCCUCAACGAAGACGGGCCAAGAGCACCUGGAGGACAAAGACACUAUGGACUUCUCUGGGAUGUCCCUCAUCAAGCUGAGAAAAGAAGAAAUGGAGUCACAGGUCAAAGUGCUUGAAUUAGAAAGCCAGUUGGAGAACGAGCGUCUGCGUUUGGGCGAGCUGAGGAAGAAACACUACGACUUGGCUGGAGUUCCUUCAGAGCAGGUUUCUGAAGGGAACGGAGAAACUUCUUUGCUGGCCCAUCCGGCCUCCAUGUCACCGAAACCCAGCAAGCCUGCUAUCAUGAAGAAACCUGCACUGGCCCAGAAGCCCAGCGUCCCACCCAAAACUAUGUUUAAAUAAAUGCCUCAACAGAAGAGAUGGGAGAGAUGAGAAUGCUUCACUACAGGAGGGCUGGAUUGAUAAAGAGAAAAAUCACCUUUUUGUGAACACACAGUUCCUUUAAGUUGCAUGCUGACAAUCUUCUGUCAUCCUGCUUCUUACGUUUCCAUUCCUUUUUUUUUUUUUUUGCCAAAAUGGACCAGAAGCCUGUUUUUACCUUUGAUGCCUACAGGGGAUAUGCCGUCUUCACCACUGUUUUUAUUUUAUUCCCAAGAUAAACAACGCAUAACCCUUUUUUAAAAUUUUAAUAGUUUGCAUCGACAAAAAAAUGGUAAAUUAUUUACUUUUAGGCUGUUUGAGUGUAUUUUUUCCGCAUUAUGACAAUUUUAAAUGAUUACACUGCUGUUCCUUUUUAGAAUGCAAACCUCAGUAAUGACUAAAAUCAACAACAUAUCUUGUAGUUAGUUCUGAUCAUGCUUUGGACAGCUUUUUGCACACUGUUUUGGGCAUUUGUUACAGAUCACAUCACAUUUUUUUCUUAAUGUACACUAAUCUAUUUAUGUUGGUGGGCAGUAAACUGGGGAAUCACAUCGUGUGAAUCCAUUGCUGCAAAAGUUUUACAUACCUCUAGUUCUGCCUUCAUGAUGGACAGUGUUCCUCUUAUGUGCAAAACUGCUUUUUCUCAACAGUACAAGAUUGUCUCAGAGGCCUUUUUAAAUGUACUGUACCAAUGCAUCCAGUAAUACCUGUAAGUACAGUCUGUAUAGGAGUCUGCAACUCACACAAAGUAUAAUUUAUAUCUACACUCUCUUGAAUGUCCCUUUACUAGAGGAGAACCUGAAUAUUAGGUUAAAGUAUAUAGAUAGAUUUAAUGCUCGCACACAAAUACUGGAUGUAGUUGUCCUUAAUUAUCAAAUGCUUCUUUUAGGCUGAAUUUGAAGAUUUAGGGUUAGUUACUGUACAAUAUAAAGGUGUUCAAGUCCUCUUUGCCUCUGGGAGCUUUUCUUACAGGGUCUUAAAAUGCAUCUUUUUACGUUCUGUCCUUUCCUCUGUACGAAAUGUCUUUAUACACUCAGAUCUAUUAAUAUAUUUUAGUAAAGAUUCAGGUGGUUUCUCCUUGUAAGAACUGUAAAUGUCAGACAAAUGAACAAUAAAUGUUUGAUUUAAUGUGG